AUGCCGAGCUUUGCUACUUUCCUAGGGCUGGCCCUGUCUGGAGCAGCCAGUGCAUCUGCUGCCGCGCUCGGUGCAUAUAACAUAGACCCGAAUUCAGUUUCUGUCUCCGGGCUCUCCAGCGGCGGAUUCAUGUCUGUGCAGCUUGGUGUUGCAUACUCUGACACUUUCAAGGUCGGUUUCGGGGUCUUUGCUGGAGGGCCGUAUGAUUGCGCUCGCGACCAAUCGUACACUUCGUGCAUGUACAAUCAAAGCCCGUCCAUCACGGCCCCUGUCGCCAACAUGAAGAGCUGGAGCGGUAGCCAGAUCAACCCGGUCAGCAACCUCGCAAGCCGCAAGAUCUACAUGUGGACCGGAUCGGCCGACACCACGGUUGGUCCAAACGUGAUGAGCCAGCUGAAGGCGCAGUUGGCGAACUUUGACACUGCGGCCAACGUCUCGUAUAUCACGACAAGCGGUGCGGUCCAUACCUUUCCCACCGACUUUGACGGAUCCGGCGACAACUCGUGCAGCUCGUCUGUCUCCCCCUAUAUCAGUAACUGUCAGUACGACGGCGCAGGAGCUGUCCUAAAAUGGAUGUACGGAUCGUUGAAUGCUAGAAACACGGGCACACUGUCGGGCUCGAUUGUGUCCUUCAGCCAAACGGGCGAGUACGGUGCCAGCGGAAUGGACACCACCGGAUAUCUAUACAUUCCCAAGGCCUGCCAGGCUGGUUCUUCAACCGUUUGCAAGCUGCAUGUUGCCCUGCAUGGCUGCCUGCAGGGCUACAGCAAGAUUGGAAACGAUUUCAUUUCUAACACCGGGUACAACAUGUGGGCCGAUACCAACAACAUCAUCAUUCUCUACCCGCAAGCAGUUGCGGAUAACACCAUGCACACCAUCUGGACUGGAAUGUCGCUAUCCAACCCGAACGGUUGCUGGGACUGGGUUGGCUGGUAUGGAACAAACGCUGACCAGCUCGGAGGCGUCCAAAUGGCUGCGAUUGUGAACCAAGUCGCCCGGAUUGUCAGCGGUUACGGGGGCGCCAGCAGCAGUUCCUCAUCGACUACUGCUGCCUCCACCACUACUGCUACUACCCUCACGACUACGACUGGCUCUAAAACAACUACUACCACCGUGACCCCGACCGCUGUUGCCCCGUUGUAUGGACAGUGUGGUGGACUCGGCUGGACGGGCCCAACGGCUUGUGCCACCGGUGUUUGCACGGCCUAUAGCUCUUAUUAUGCCCAGUGUCUCCUGGUAGUGUAG